GCAUUGCUUGACAGCUAGUAGACGAACACACUUGCAUCAGACGUUACGGUUGUUUAUAUACAGAUCCAAAAUGUGUGGAAUAUUUGGGUACCUGAACUAUCUUGUUCCUGUCACUAGGAAGGAAAUAUUAGAAAUCCUGAUCAAUGGAUUAAAACGGUUAGAAUACAGAGGAUACGACUCUGCAGGAGUUGCUUUUGAAGGAAGUGACUGCGGAGAUGAAAAAUGUGUGAUUCGUAUGAUAAAACAAAAGGGAAAAGUUAAGGCACUGCAACAGGAGGUGGAAACCUGUUCUGACCUGAAGUUUGAUCGGGCAUAUAACAUCCAUAUUGGUAUUGCUCACACACGAUGGGCCACUCAUGGGGAACCAAGUUGUGUCAAUAGUCAUCCACAGCGGUCCAAUGCAGACAACGAAUUUGUUGUUGUACACAAUGGUAUCAUCACAAACUACAAAGAUGUCAAAUCAUUCCUGCAAUCAAAAGGUUUUGAGUUCGAGUCUGACACAGAUACAGAAGUUAUUGCCAAGCUUGCACAACAUGUCUUCAACAAUCACAAGGCAGAGAGCCUGACCUUUCGUGAGUGUGUGGAAAUGGCCAUACAGCAACUGGAAGGAGCGUUUGCUUUGUGUUUCAUGAGCACAAAUUACCCUGGGGAAUGUAUAGCCACAAGACGAGGCAGUCCCCUGUUGGUUGGGGUCAAGAGCAAGGCUAAAUUGUCGACUGAUCACAUCCCAAUCCUCUAUAGCAAAGAUCACCGUGGAUAUGUCGGACCCACUCAGAGGGUGGACAGCACUACAGAGUUCCACCCAAUGGGCCCAGAAAGGGAAGUGGAGUACUUCUUUGCUUCUGAUGCUAGUGCCAUCAUUGAACAUACCAACCAGGUGAUAUUUCUGGAGGAUGAUGAUGUAGCUUCUGUAAAAGAUGGCUCCCUCUCCAUUCACCGUGUCAAACGUAGCAUCGAUGAGUCGACUGUCCGAGAGGUGAUCACACUUAAAACUGAGAUUCAAGAGAUUAUGAAAGGUAAGUUCUCAUCAUUCAUGCAGAAAGAGAUUUUCGAGCAACCUGAGUCCGUCAUCAAUACAAUGAGGGGACGUGUCAACUUUGAGACAAAUCAGGUUGUACUUGGAGGCAUAAAAGAUUUCAUGCCUGAAAUCAGAAGAUGUCGCAGAAUGCUGUUCAUUGCUUGUGGGACCAGCUAUCACAGUGCUGUAGCUACAAGACAACUACUUGAGGAAUUGACCGAGUUACCUGUGAUGGUGGAGCUGGCCAGUGACUUCCUUGAUAGAGAUACACCUGUCUUCAGGGAUGAUGUCUGCUGUUUCAUCAGUCAGUCAGGAGAGACGGCUGACACAUUACUUGCUCUGCGUUACUGUAAACAAAGAGGUGCUCUGAUUGUGGGAGUUACCAACACCGUGGGCAGUAGUAUCUGCCGCGAGUCACAUUGUGGUAUCCAUAUCAAUGCUGGACCAGAAAUUGGGGUUGCCAGUACCAAGGCCUACACCAGUCAGUUUAUUUCUCUGGUUAUGUUUGGUUUGGUCAUGUGUGAGGACAGAAUCUCGAUGCAGGAACGACGCAAGGAAAUCAUUCAGGGUCUACAUGACCUGCCAGAUCUUAUUAAGGAGGUGCUGGAGAUGGAUGAUCAGAUCCACACCCUAUCCCAGGAAUUGUACCAACAAAAGAGUUUGCUGGUGAUGGGACGUGGCUAUAACUUCGCUACCUGCCUGGAGGGAGCACUGAAAAUAAAAGAAUUGACCUAUAUGCACUCGGAGGGAAUUAUGGCAGGAGAGUUGAAGCAUGGUCCGCUGGCUUUGGUGGACAAAGCCAUGCCAGUUAUGAUGGUCAUCACCCGUGACAAAGUCUACUCAAAAUGUAUGAAUGCCCUUCAACAAGUAAAGGCCAGACAUGGCCGCCCAAUUUUACUUUGUACGCGAGGAGACCUGGAUGCUCAAAAGUCUGCAUAUAAGUACGUGGAACUUCCCCCCACAGUCGACUGCCUGCAGGGCAUUCUCACAGUUAUACCAAUGCAGCUGCUCUCCUUCCAUAUUGCUGUCCUAAAGGGAUACGACGUAGACCAACCUCGGGCAUUGCUGAAGACUUACACCUCACACAGUUCAUAGGAGGCCUGAUUUGUGGACCAGUAUCUAGUGGGCUCGUCUUUCCUUUUAUAAAUAUUUACUAUGCAGCUGGAUCUUAAGAGAGUAUAAAUGGUUAUAAAGAUAAUCCAUGUGUGAUAUUUCUGUAAAUGAUACCUUGUGUUUACUGUGUAAAUGACGUGGGACCACGCUUGUGUGACUGUAUUGAGGUAUUCUAUAUGCCUGAUGUGGUUAUCUUGUAAAAUCAUCCAUGGUAACAUUUCUUAAUUAUUUGCUUUUAAUUGUAAUGAUCAAUAAUUAAUACAUUUUCCUUUUUUACUGUGGCAUUUUCAACCUAUAAAAGAGAUUUACGAUGUUUUAUUUCUGCAUAUCACAGAAGCUGUUUUUUUAAGAGGUGUGUUUUACUGAAAUCUGCCAAGACGCUCAAUACAUCAGUUGUAAUGGAAAGUAAUGGGUGAUCUAUUAUUUUCCACCCUCAUAAUGACCCUGGCUGUUGUGGAGAAGUUAAACACCACACAACAAAGUGUUGACAGGAGCUAAACAUUAGACAGGUGUCAGUUACACAUAGAAUUUACUCACAAUAAGAAAAUUAUUGGAGUCAACUCACAAUAAGUCACGUAUUGGAGUCAACUGAUGAUAAGAUAAAUAUUGAGGUUAAGUCCAUAUUUUAUAUUUAUAUUUUAUAUUAUUUCUGUCCUAAGUAACAAUGUCAGACACGUGGGCAUAUGUCGUCAUUUUCUUAUGAAAUGUGAAGUAUAUUUUUGUUUCUCUACACACAACAGUUUAUAGCAUAUCAUGACCCAGUCUAAAAUUUUAAAUACUUUCAAACUUGGAAUGGAAAUGUCAUUUAUUGAUGAUCACAAGAUAAUAAGGUAUUACCAAAAUAACACAAGUGUUACUAUGUAUAUCUUAACUGUAUAUUAUCUGUAUUUAUUGUACACAAUGUUUCCUGGAGACUGUUCUACUGAUACCAGUUCUGUAUCUUCCUGUUUAUCAAUUUGUUACAUUGCUACACUGUUAUUGAUCUAGCCUGUACAUGUUUUGAUUUAUUCCACUGCUUAUGUUCAAUGACUAUGAUUUAUCGUAUGUUUAAUUCACAGUACAUACACUGGUGACAUUAUAUAAAAUGCUGUCAUACACAGGCUGGUGACAUCGUAUGAUGUACUGAUUUCAAGGUCAUACACAGGUUGGUGACAUCGUAUGAUGUACUGAUUUCAAGGUCAUACACAGGCUGGUGACAUCGUAUGAUGUACUGAUUUCAAGGUCAUACACAGGCUAGUGACAUUGUAUGAUGUACUGAUUUCAAGGUCAUACACAGGCUUGUGACAUUUUUUAAACAUAUUUGUCCUGCAAUAAAUCCAGGUGCCAACACAUAAAUCUUACUAGUAAAUAUUGUUGGUUCUGCUGAAUUUCCACAUAUAUGUGGAUGGGCUUAUUAUCAAACAUGGACUUGUCAGGCAGUCUGGUGUAUUUCAUGAGCAGCUGAUCAAAUCAUGUUUUGUUUUUACAAUCACUCGAUGUAUUGCUGCUGCUGAUCUCAAUUGUCUAUUAACAUUAAAACCAAAAACAUUAUUGAAAAAUGUGCAACUGGUUAUCAACAGUCUAUCUAGUUGUUUAUCAUAUUUCCAAAGAAUCUGCUUUUUUUUAAAUAUUGCACCACAUAAUGUAUUUAUUAUAUUAACCGAACCCCCCAAACUCCUGCUCAUUAGAGAUUUUUUCUUUGUAUGACUUACCAUGUGUAAAAUGAAUCUCCACAAUACACAAACAUGUACUUCCAAAGAAAUACAAUCCUCAGUGCAAUCACAAAAUGAACAUAAUUUUGUACAAAAAUGUUCAGAGCAAGCCGACAGGAUCCCUCUCUUUGAAGAAUUUCAUUCUCCUGUGGCAUUUAUUAGAAUAAGAAUGGUAUUUUCUUUUUUGUUGUUUUGUUUUCAUUCUCUUUUUUUUGCCUGGAUAUUUAUUAUGAUGUGAAUCUCAUUCUGAUUCAGCUUGUGUGUUGAAAUAUGAGUUAGAUAAGAUCACAAGGAGAAUAAGCCCUCCAUUUUGUUCAGUCACAAAUGAAGAAACUGUCUUGAGGUGCUGACUCAGAAAAGAAUCUGAGCCAACUUAACUGAUCAAAAUAUGACAAUAUAAAACUUCAUACAGUAAAACUACCACCUUCAACAUCUUAACUUAUAUAAAGUGUUUGUUAAGCUCAAAUCUGAAAAAAUGACUCUGUGGACUUGGUGACUUGGUAAGCUUGAGUCCUGUUCACUGGUACAAUACCUAAUGACAACUACAUGUUUGGGUGCUUUCAUAGUAAUGUAUUCCUCCGUGUGUGAAAUUGUCUAUUUUCUUCAAUUUAUUCCCCAAGAUAUAUCCAAAACUAUAUUUCAUGUUAUCAAAUUCUUACCCUUGUAAAGCAGACUGACUGAGGGACUGUAACUUAGUAAGUUUUUCACAGGAAAACUGGGUGAAAUUUAGCAAUCUAACUAUUUAUAUUAUCUGACAGUAUAAUUAGGAUUCAUAACAACAAGUUAUCAAUAGAUACUGGUACUAACAUGUCGUACCUGCUUUUUCUUCUUUAUAUAUCUUUGUACUUGAUGAUAUUGUAAGCUGUUGUGAUCACGUCCCAGAUGGAUGGGAGAAACACCAGUACAUCGUAUUUCUGGAGUGUGAUGGUAGUAAAAUAUGGCUGCUUUAGUGAUUCAUUUAUUGUAAAAUUCAGUAUAGCUCAGACAGUAUUGCACUUACAGUUGUGUAUUCUAUAUUAUUGACAGUAUUGCAGAACCUGUUUAUCACUCUCAUGGUUUUAGAGUUGUCAAACCGAACUGUACAGACAAUUUUAAGUUAUUCAGUAUGAGAACUACGUUGAUGGCUUUGAUUGGUCAGUUUAUGUUUAGGAUUUGGUAGUUUGUACAGAUGUAUAUUAAUAUGUAUGUUUACUAUUUUAAUCAGAACAUUCAAACGGUUAAAUUUGUUUGUUAUGAAGGCAAUCACAUACCUAAAUAUCAAGUUAGCUCACAAAAGUUAUCUAUUUUUAUUAAUGAUGAAGCCAGUUUUAUUAAUGAUGAAUCCAGUGAGAAAUUUUGCUUGGUAAGAAAUAUAUUUUAAGGGAUAUAUAUUUAGUUUGUAGAUCUAAAUUGUGUGCAAAUGUAAACAGUGUGUAAUCAUGUUGUUCUACUUCCCCUUGUUUUACCAGUGUUAAGCCCAUAGGCAUUCAAUAUCCAUACCUCUUAUCAAACAAUACAAGUCACAUCUGGUUAUGACAACAUCUAUAUACAGCUGUAGGUAAUAUCUAGAUACAACUUCUGUAUACAACAGUAGGUCAUAUCUUGAUACAACCUAUGUAUACAACAGUAGGUCAUAGCUAGAUACGACAACUUAUGUAUACAACAGUAGGUCAUAUCUAGAUACAACUUAUGUAUACAACAGUAGGUCAUAUCUAGAUACAACUUAUGUAUACAACAGUAGGCCAUAGCUAGAUAUGACAAUUUCUGUAUACAACAGUAGGUCAUAGCUAGAUACAACUUAUGUAUACAACAGUAGGCCAUAGCUAGAUAUGACAAUUUCUGUAUACAACAGUAGGUCAUAUCUAGAUACAACUUAUGUAUACAACAGUAGGUCAUAUCUAGAUACAACUUAUGUAUACAACAGUAGGCCAUAGCUAGAUAUGACAAUUUCUGUAUACAGUUGUGAUCUUGUAGUUGGAUAUAUGACCCUUAUACAACACGGUUUGUAUAAUAGAAAUUUCAUACCGUAUAGAUAGAACUGUUGGGGUGAAAGGAAAUUUAGGACACUGAGGCUUAACAAAGGUAAAAUUCAUGUGGGAUAGAAGCAGUUUUCCAGUGAUGGGACAGUGUGUGUACAUAGCCUUUUUUGUGAUUUUCCAGUGUAAAUAACAAAUGUGGAGUGACCUUUUACAUCGAAUUGGAAGGUGUUGUGUUAUUGAUGUUUGCUAUUUUUACCUCAUUUCUAACAAAUGAAUGCUACCAGAAAUUUUAAUCAAAUGUACAGCAGCAACAUAAUUUUGAUGCUACAUUGUAAAUUAUAAUUUUAUUUCCAGUGACUAUACUGUUUUCUAUGGCAAAUACUGUGGUUGAACUAGUUUGAUUGUAACAUAACCAUGACCUGUUGAAACCAGUGUAUGAAAGGUCUUCUUUAUUACUGAAAUGCUGCUACUGUAUUUUAAAUGGUGUGAGAGGAUCCAAGGGAAACUUCACCUUACCUAAUGAUGCUUUUAUGUAAAAGCUUGAUGAUUUUAUCCACUUCAUCACACAAUAUUGUAGACACAGUAAUGUUUUAAUGGUAUCAUAACGAGGGAUAGGUUACUGUAGAUUUAGUCCUGUAUUGAGGGAUUGUAAUUCAUUGACAAUUUUAGAUGGUAAAUUAAAAUUGCAGUGACUUA